CACGUUAGGUAGGUAACAUGUCAAAUCAUUUUGUAGAAAAAACAAUGCCGCGUUUUGUUGAUAAGCAAAACGGUAUGGUCUAAUACCAAUUUAGUCAUUUCAAAUUCAAUUUUAUUUCACUUGAAUUGCGUGGCGAGAAGGUAUCUGCUCAUCAAUUUUUUUGUCUCCAUUCUUAUCAACCUAUCUAAGAUCUUGAAAGAUAACAUAAGUGCAUACAUGUUAUCUACUUGGCCUCAAGAUUUGUAUGAAAAAGUACAGCCUAUUACUUCAUUUCUUCAACCUCCCGAAUUGUUUUCGGAAGAAGAGUUCUAAAAAAUUCUAUUGAAGGACGUGUCACAAAUGAUCUGGAGUCUGUCAAGGUUUCUACUACUAUAUUGAAGGAAGGAGUUAACUUACAUUGCCUGCACUAUGAGAAUCAUAAUUGAAUCACUACAAAAAGUACUGAUCCAUCUAAAUCAGGAGAGAAACACAAUCUCUGCAUGCUUCCGGCCAUCAUCUAUUGAUGGAACCAUUCAGGCAGAUCGGGGAGGCGCUAGGAGGCAUCAAGGCUUUAAUGGUUUUCCAAGACUGCAUACAGGUGAACCAGAGGCAAUGCUGUUUAUUGGUGGACAUGCUCACCUGUGCGUACAACACAACUGCGGAGUUGAUGAAACAGAACCUCAGAUUUGAAGAGAGGAAUUUCAAGUGGAAAGCUAUGGAAGCCCCGUUGAGAGAGCUCCUCAGGGUAUUCAGAGAGGGCGAAAUGUACGUCAGGCACUGUUUAGACGCAAAAGAUUUCUGGGCAAAAGCCAUAACCCUGUACCAGAACACCGACUGCGUAGAAUUCCACAUCCACAACCUUCUCUCCUGCUUCUCUGUUGUGAUUGAGGCCAUCGAAAUGGCUGGAGAAGUCUCCGGUUUCGACCACGACGAGAUCCAGAAGAAGAGAACUGUUUGCGCACUCAAGUAUCUCAAGGAGUGUAAAGACCAAAGAAUCUUUAACUGGAGAUUCGGGAACGAGUACCUGAUUUCUCCAGACUUCCGCACUCGGAUAAACUCGGCGUGGAACGAGGACAGAUGGGUCCUGAAAACAAAAGUCCAGGAGAGGAAAGUUUCGUCGAAGCAGGAGCAGCGACUUGCCGAUCUCCUCUUGAGGAACUUAAAAGUUGUCGACCCAUCGUCACCACCAGAUAAACUGGUGCCUUGCGCGGCUUUAAUCGGGUCCAAAGACUACCACGUGAGGCGGCGGUUGGAAAUCGAUAGCCAAUACAAGGAGGUUCAGUGGUUGGGCGAGAGCUUCUGUCUGAGACACUUUUUCGGUGACAUUGAACCAAUCGUCUCAGAAAUCUCUCGCGAACUCAUUCUCUCACACCCAAACGUAUUGCAAACAUUCUGUGGCUUCACGGAUGAAGAGAAGAAAGAGUGUUUCUUUAUCAUGGAUCUCAUGAUCAAGGACCUAUCCAGUUACAUCAAAGAGGUUUGUGGUCCGAAGAAACGGGUCCCCUUUUCUCUCCCAGCUGCAGUUGACUUGAUGCUUCAGGUUGCAAGGGGCAUGGAAUAUCUCCAUUCGAAGAAGAUUAAUCACGGGAAUUUAAACCCUUAUAAUGUCCUGGUAAAAGCUAGAAGUCCCCACGUGGAAGGUUACUUGCACGCUAAGGUUUCCGGUUUUGGCGUAAGCCACACUCGGAAAACACAUUCUAAUCAGCAAAGCUCACUCAGUUAUAUCUGGCAUGCGCCAGAAGUCCUCGCCGAGCCAGAAGAGUACUCAGAGAAGUCUGAUGUGUACAGUUUUGGGAUGAUUUGCUUUGAGGUGUUGACAGGGAAGGUCCCAUUUGAAGACGGGCAUCUCCAAGGAGAGAAAAUGAGCAGAAACAUAAGGGUGGGGGAGAGGCCUCUCUUCCCCUUUCCUUUGCCAAAGUAUCUGACAAGCCUAACAAAGAAGUGCUGGCAUGCCGAUCCGAACCAACGGCCAGGAUUCUCAUCCAUCUGCAGGAUCCUUCGCUACAUAAAACGGUUCAUGGUUCUGAACCCAGAACACACGCAACAGCCAGAUUCACCCAUGCCGCCGUUAGACUACAGUGAUGCUUUCUUUGCAAAUAGAACGGCACAAAUUCCAUUGCAAGUAACGCAGAUCCCUUUCCAAAUGUUUGCAUAUAAAAUGGCAGAAAGGGAAAAAUCAGCCGGGGAAAAUAACUCUGAAUCGGGAAGUGAUGCUUCAGCUUGUGGAGAUGAUGGUUUGAUUGCAGAAGACCCACUCCCAUCACCUACUGAGAGAAAGUCUCUCGGUUCACCAAAAGUUUUGAGCAAAAAGCUUUUAAUAUCAAAGAAAUCUGUUGACAUCAAAUCAAGCAAACAGCCAGGAACACCAAUGGGACGUUCUGUCACUUCAGUCAGGCCUCCGCAUAUGAGCCGAUAUGGACGCCCUAAGAGAAUGAACUCUGAGAGUCAGUUGAUGGUUAUGAGCCCAAGAGAACGAAGGAUUUCUGGUCACAUGUCAGAUUCUGAGCUCCCCUAGCCUCCUUACAUUGCUACUUGCAAGAUAUUAAUCCAACCUAGCUAUUUCAUCCACAAGUGGCCUCAGCUAAGAAAUGCCAACAUUAUAAUAGGGUCUGAUAAAGCUUAGAGAGUAACAUAGCCAUAUUUUUUGUUAUUUUGGCAUUUAAGUUGGCUGAAGUCCAUAGUUCCAGAAUUCAGAUAUAGGAAUUAAAAUUGCUAACAUUUUUUCCCCUUCGUUUAGGAGUUGAAACUCCUAAUGCCAACAGACACUUCCCAUUGUUACGUGUGCUCUGAGGAUUCAAAUUAAGCUCACACACUCCU